AUGGGCGCCCGCGGCCUCUGGAAGAGGCCCCACCCACGGGUGUACAAGAGCGCCCUCUCGCGGCGGCGCCCCGGCCGGCGGCCCCAAGCCCGAGAACCAACGGCUGUUGCCCGCGCGGGUGGCAGGACCGCAGGCGAGGCCCAGGGCUCCCAGGACCCCGCGGGGGAAGCGGGCCUCCCAGUCCUCUGCUCAGGAGAGUCCCGUCCAGUCCCUCCCUCGCUCUCGGUCACUCGGGGUUCCAGGCGGUGA